GAACCCAAUCAGUACUUCAUUAGACAACAUGCAAGCAACAUUCAAAGCUUUCACAAUUUUGGCCACCGCCUUGUUGGCCCACCAGGCCGCGGCGGGAACCAUUAGCCUCGGCAGCCUUAUGGGAGACGUGUCACAGGUGGCUGUGGCCGGAGAAAAGGCGUGGCAUCAGUUGGCUAAUGCUGUCGGAGCCUCUCAGACCGAGUUUGUUCAACCGGAAACCCUGAAUAUCCUGAGCGACAUGGCCAAUGGUUUUGGAGAUCUGGCUAAUGCCAUAACCAGCUUGAGCGUCGAGACAGAUUAUGUCCAACCCGAAGCCUCAAACCUUCUCGGGGACAUUCUAGGUGGUGUAGGCACUGGCUUGGGUGAAUUGGCUAAUGCUAUCACCAGUCUCAGCGAGCAAGUAAAGGCCGGACCACAGGCUCGUAGUCUCUCUUCAAAUGGUGCUUCUAUCAUAGCCGAAGAAGGAGCUGUGAGUGCCAAGACGAUCGCCGCUGCCGCCGAUGCUGCUGCCCCUUACAUCAAGAAGUUGAACGAAGGUCUGGGGGAUCUGGCUAAUGCCCUCACCAACCUCUGAAGAAUCAGACGCUGCGGCUGAUGCAGCCAUUCAAUUACCAAAUAAAUAGCCAAUCGCUUGGUGAGCCUAG